GCAGCAUCCCUCGUCAGUUGCAAGUCAGGAACUAUCGCGGCCGCGUGGCGUGCUUGCCCGUGUCGCCCGCUAGUCUUGCCGAUCUCGAACGCGACGCCGAUCGACGGCCGAUCGACGACCGAAACGAGCGACCGCUACCGGAAAAAUACCGAAGAAUACGUAACGUGCGCGAAGGCUCGUCCGUGUGCGGAUUUCUCGAUCUUCCCGCGCGAUUUUCGAUGUCGCUCCGCGGCGUGACACGUCUCGGCUCGCGCGAGUAGGUUUCUAUGAGACACCGAAGAGAAAACGGAAGCACCGUGGUACCGAUCGAGGAGCGGGAAUAUAUGUAGAAGGGAGAGCAGAGAAGAGACGCGCGCACGUUACAGUGACACACAGUUCUUCCGGCAAAAAUGGAUAAAGACUUUCGUCGGAAGUAUCACGGAAAAAUGCGAUGUGCUCUGCUUCACCUGCUGCUGAUAGUGGGGGGUGCAACAGGUUUAAAAGAUCUAACGAUAAACGUACCGGCCAUGGUGAGAUCCGGUGACACCGUGACAUUGUCGUGCCAUUAUGACCUGGAGGGUUCAUCUUUGUACACUAUACAAUGGUUCCUCGAAGAAAAGGAAUUUUAUAACUACAAAGCCGAUCGUAAACCAGAACCGUACAGCACCUUCGACGUGGCUGGUAUACGAGUUAAUGUCUCCAAAUCGAACACGCACGACGUGACGUUGGUGAACGUGUCCAGGAGCCUCACCGGCACGUACAAGUGCGAGGUGUCCGCCGGCAGCCCUUCCUACCACACCUUGAUCGCGAGGGCCAAGAUGGAGGUGGUCGACGCCCCAAAAACGGAUCCUACGAUUCGUACGGAGAAGGAGCGCAUAGUGGUGGGCGAGACGCUGCGGGUGAACUGCAUCACGGGCAGCUCCCGGCCCGCCCCCUCCGUUACGUGGAAGCUCAACGGGAAUCGCAUCGCGAACGACAGUAUGCAUUACAAAGUGUGGCAUUACCAAAUUCCGCACGAAGACGAGAUGCAAUCUGCAAAGUCGCUAAUAGAGAUCAGAGUGACCAGCAACAUGUUCCGUAGCGGACGCCUGAAUCUGCGCUGCACAGCCUCCAUUUCGGACGUUUAUCGGAAAUCGGCGGACAUCGAGAUCACCGAGGACGUGCCACGUAUCGCAUCGAUCACCGGCGAAUCACCACCGUACGAUCACCGGGCGAACGGAUGUGCCGGACAGAACUGGCCCUGGAACGGUAGUCGCGGCGCGGCGAUAAUAAUGGCCACGGUGGCGGCCACCCUGUUCCUGAUGAUGACAUCGCUGACGAUGACGGCACUCCCGAUAACGAAUGUACUGCCGAGGAGCGAGCCGGCGGCCAGCAGGUAGCUCGCGGGCCUCCACCAUGAAGAUAUCGCUGCCACUAUCUGAUCCGAUUACGUCGUCCAUGUAAAACCUAGUAGUCUAGGGCUUCCAGUUAUGUAUGUUACUAUGUAUAGAAUAGAUAGUCGAAUAACGGAUGAUUUUUAUUCUCGAGGAGCCUGUAAGAACGGCGGGGAAGCGGCGAUGCGCUAGCGGAAUCGAAUACGCGGGGCUGCUGCGCGUAUUAACUCUCACACACGCAAUUAUUACUUUACACACGUUGUCUUUUCAUGUAAAUUGUUGAUCGCUGUCAAGCGGAGCGCGGCGAGACGAAGACGAGAAGCGGAGAGCUGUCCGCAAGGGACGGACGGGGAUGUUUACUGCAUUUACAAAGUAACGCGCGGAAUUGUGUCGCACGAUCGGAUUUAGAGGGUGACAGCUGUUUCGACGUCUAGUGAAGGAGCGAGGCGGUGGGGGUUCGACUUCCGUUUGCAUGUUUUACGUUCGAAUUUCUCCGACGGUUCACGUCGCACGUGUCGGCCGUUGCGAAUGCGAUAUUUAUUAGCGGUCGGAGUGUUCACCAAGUGUCGAAAGAUAUAGAUUAUACAGGGGUAACUAUGGUAACUGAUAUACAUAUAUAUAUAUAAAUAUAUAAUAAUGUUAGCGCAGUAACGAGCGGCGUUCUGCUCAAUAUUCGCUCCUUUUAUGAUGUCUAACAGGAAACGCAUCAAGAUAGGUACCGAUUUGUAAUCUGUACAAAUUGUAAUAAAUUAUAAUAUUAACUGUA